GGGAGAAAAGUGGGAGCAUUUAAAAUCUUCCAGUUAACAAACAAAACGAAUUCCUCGACUCAGCUCAAAUAGCACCUCUUUUCUGGCCCUUUCUACAGAAUGAGUGGCUCUUCCCUCAAUCUGUCACCUGAAAGUGUCAGCAAUGCCAGAAAAAUGCUCUUCCCACGGGUUGGGCUGGACCAGGGCCUGUGUCCCGGGUGACAGUGUUCCAGGUGCCUGUGUCCCGGGUGUAUGAGUCCCCGGGUGCCUGUGUCCCGGGUGUAUGAGUCCCAGGUGCCUGUGUCCCGGGUGCCUGUGUCCCGGGUACCUGUGUCCCAAGUGUAUGAGUCCCGGGUGCCUGUGUCCCGGGUGCCUGUGUUCCAGGUACCUGUGUCCCGGGUGCAUGUGUCCCGGGUGCCUGUGUCCCGGGUGACAGUGUUCCAGGUGCCUGUGUCCCGGGUGCCUGUGUUCCAGGUACCUGUGUCCCGGGUGACAGUGUUCCAGGUGCCUGUGUCCCGGGUGCCUGUGUCCUGGGUGCCUGUGUCCCGGGUGACAGUGUCCCGGGUGCCUGUGUCCCGGGUGUACGAGUCCCACUGCUGAGGAGGUACGGGACCCUCGUUUGAGGAUGGAGGGCUCGGUGGGAGCCUAGAGUCACGGCUGACCGGGUGGUGACCGAGCCAGCCCCUCAGCCCUGACAAUGGCGCUUCCUCAGUAACGAGACCAUAGGAAUGAUUCACCUGCCUCACAGGAGUAGGAGCACCACUGGGUCACAGCGCACACCACGUUACACCCCCCCACUGCCAUUAAUAACCCUAACCCUAACCACACCCCACUGCCACUGCCCAACCCUAAUUCCCCUCUGCCACUGACGAACCCUAACCCACUGCCACUGACAAACCCUAACCCUAACCCCCCACUGCCACUGACUAGCCCUAACCCUAACACCCCACUGCCACUGACUAACCCUAACCUCUACUGCCACUGCCGAACCCUAACGCUAACCCUAGCCCUAACCCUAACCCCCACUGCCACUGAUGAACCCUAACCCUAACCGCCCAAGUGGGUUGUGAGAAGUGGAUAAUAAUUACUUACUCUUACAACUGAACACCAUUUUUACUGGAAAAGAUGACAAGUGUGGGUAUCAGACUUGGUUAUUUGGCAGAAAUUUUCUUGAACAUUAAAGAAGUGAAUACUUGACUUCAAGAAAACCAACUGGCAGUGUUUAUUGCCAGUGAUGGAAUUCAAGCUUUUAGAUCAAAGUAAGACUUUCGAAAAACUUACUACCUACCUCUGUGAAUUUUUUAGCUUCCCAAUUAUUAUAGACUUUCUGCUAAAGUCUAGGGAUAUUAACAAAUAGGGUUUAAAAAAAGAUAUAUAAAGAUAGUAU